AUUGAUUUUUGCAUCAGCUGCCUUAAGCCAAAGAUGGAAAGUUCAUUACAGAAAAAGACAAAAGGAUGAAAUAUUAGGGACCGAACAAGAACAAUAGGUUUAACGAGGACAAAUUGCAGCCAAAGUGAAAGUAGGGGGACCAAAAUUUACUUUCCUCGUCGAAUAACCCAAGCUGGAUCCUUGCAAAAAAUCGGGUCUCUUACCUUCGCUCCAAAAGUCUUUUCACGAAACGCUAAAUCGCUCGACAAAUCAAUGGCGGCAAUCGCCGAAUCAUCUGAAGCAAAUGCAGACUCGCCGUCGCCGUCGCCGUCUCCGUCGUUACCAGCAGAUAGAGUUAAGCAUGAAGACAAGUCGGAUACCGUGGGACAGGGACUUGGAGAGUUCGUCCCAUGGAUCGACAACGCAGUGCAACAGGCGCAGCUUGCACAGAAGACAGUAGAAAACACAUUAGAGAAUGCAAUUGUGGUGACCAAAUCUCGUCUUGAUCGUCUUUUAACCACCUCCUCUGUACACUUCAAUCAAACACUUGAUUCCUUGCAAGAUCUGAAGUCUGAAUAUAGCGUAUAUGAGGACUUGGUUUUUGGGAAGAUCAGAGAGGGUCUUCUCCUCGCUGCUUCACACCCCCUAACAACUACUGGAGCUGUUCUUGGUGUUGGAGUCCUGGGUCUGAAAAGGCCAAGACGUUUCUUGUACUACAGUGCAAUGCGGCUAUUUGUGAGUGAAGAGGCCUUGCUUUCUAGGGCCGAUGCAAAAGUCAAAGAGUUACAGAAAUCAAUUGACUUUCUGAAGGCUGAAAGUGCGAAGUUGGAGAAUCGGGCAGUACAAGCUGAAGGAGAGAUGAUACGUGGAAGGACUAAACUCAGGCAAGCAGGCAAACAAAUCCGUAGUGUCAUACAGUCAGCUUAUAGGAUAGAAAGGCAAGCUGCAGGCCUGAAAGAUGUUCUUAGGGAGCUUCCACGAAGAGAAGUUUCACGAUUCCGGUCACAAGUUUCCAACCUUGCUUCAGAGGCAAAAAAGGAAAGGAAUGUUCUCACCAAGGAAGUUACGAAGAUAAGCAAUUAUGGCAUAUCCGUCUGACUGAACUGCACUGUUUUUUUUUUAUAUGAUCUAAUACAUGCUGGACGUGAGGUGCCAGAUACUGUUUGGGGAGCUUUUUAGUUUGGUUAUAUCAACUCUAAACUUUGCUGCAGCCUAUAGGAGUAAUUUGGCAUUCACUGAUUCUGUGGGGGUGUUCGUUGGUCGGUUUGCUACGGUCUUGAAAGAUUUUGGUUUCGGUAGUUUCGUUUUUAAAAAUGUUAUACUACCAUACUGAAUAAAUUCAGUUUCGGUUUCUCACUUUUUGGUUUCGGUUUGUGCGGUAUGAUAACUUCUAUAUUACUCUUUAAAGUUGGAUUCUAUCAA